UCUACUGCGUCAUGUUGUUUCUUGUCUCACACCGUGAUCUUCUCUAAUCAUUGGAGGUGCAGGUGAUCGUGUGCUGACUGAAAUUUCCAUUUAAUUUUUCAAUUAAUAGAAAACUUUCGACGUAAAUUGAAACACCACGCGAUGAAACCUUUGAUGUUGCACGGGCACGAACGUGCUAUCACCAAAAUAAAAUAUAAUAGAGAAGGAGAUUUACUGUUUUCUGCUAGCAAGGAUAAACAACCCAAUGUCUGGUAUUCUUUGAACGGAGAACGUCUCGGCACCUUUAAUGGCCACAAUGGCUCUGUGUGGUGCAUUGACGUCAACUGGGAUACCACACGAUUGUUGUCUGGCAGUGGUGAUAACACCUUGAGAGUCUGGGAUUGUCAAACCGGCAAAGAAAUAGGCCAGCUGACUACGAACAGCUCGGUGAGAACAUGCGGCUUCAGUUAUUCGGCAAACCUUGCAGUAUUUUCCACUGACAAGGCCUUAGGUCAUCAAUGUGAAAUGUUUAUCAUGGAUGUGCGAAACGUGGACUCUACAUUAUCACAGGAGGAUGCAAUUUCUAGAAUCUUGGUCAAUGGUCCCAGAAUUUCUGCUAUAUUAUGGGGUGCUCUCGACGAGACUAUUAUCACAGGUCAUGAAGAUGGUGAAAUUAAACUUUGGGAUGUUAGGACGGGAAAGAAAUUGUCCAAUGUUAAAGGGCAUAAAUCUCAGAUAAAUGAUAUGCAAUUCAACAAGGAUGGUACUAUGUUUGUGACUGCAUCUAAGGAUCAUACAGCGAAACUUUUUGAUAGCGAGUCUUUGAUGUUACUGAAGACUUAUAAGACGGAAAGACCUGUAAACUCAGCUACGAUAUCGCCUAUUUUUGAUCAUGUGGUUCUUGGCGGUGGUCAAGAUGCCAUGGAUGUUACCACAACGUCCGCGCGACAAGGUAAAUUCGAUUCGCGAUUUUUCCACUUGGUGUUCGAAGAAGAAUUUGCACGUUUGAAAGGACAUUUCGGUCCGAUUAAUUCCCUCGCUUUUCAUCCCAAUGGUCGUAGCUAUUCUACAGGUGGAGAAGAUGGAUAUAUCCGUAUUAAUAAUUUUGAUCAGUCUUAUUUUGAUUUUCAUUUCGAGUAUUAAAUUAAUUGAUCGAGAGACAUUUGUAUAUGAAAAAAUAUAUAUCAAUAUGGAAUAUAUGUAUACAACUGUGUAUUAAUUAUUUUUCCAAACUAUAUGGAUUAAAACAGUAGUUUUUAGAGAAAUUGUCUAAUAA